GCCCAGAAGAUCUGAGUUCGGCUCACCUUGCCCACUCAUUUGCCACCAGUCUUUUGGGACGAAUCUGGAGUUAGCUGUGACUCGUCCUAGUGAAGGACUGACCCUGAAAUUGCUACCACCCUCCCCCAGACAUUCUUUCCCACCCCAACUCAGAAAGCAAGCGGAAGAGGUUUAUGCUCCCUUCCACAAUCAUUUUAGGGUUUUUAGCCACACCUGUGGCCAGCCUAGCCUCCUUUUUCUUUCUUGUUCCAAAGAAUCCCUCCCUUCCUAUUACUCCAGCACCUGCCCAGGCUCAGGAAUGGACACUUUCCUUCCACACCCAGGCUGGAGGCCGCGGGCAUUUUUGUCCGGGUGCUCUGGAGACAUGUGCAGAGUCAUCUUGUCGCAGAGGAUGAAGGGGCUCUCCUGGCUGCUGCCCCCAAGGCCUAUCUAACUUCCUUCCCUUGCAGUGAAUGACAGCUCAGCAACUUUUCCAGAACAAAAUUAAGCGCUCUGCCUUUCACUUAUGAAAUUCCCUUAAAGUGAAAUAACUUCUGCUUUGCUUUUCCCUCUUGCAGGCCGAUUGAGCUCUCCUACAAUAAAAAAAAGAGUUGAAAUGCAUUGAGAUUCCUGAUCCAAGAUUCGUGUGUAACUGCUCGAAUUUCCACACCCUCACUUCCUUAGGCUUGAGCUUGCUGAAAUUGUGUGAAAAAUAGCCCUGAACAAUGGGUGAGACAUUCUCCCAGCUGGGCUCUCGGGAGAAUGAGAACAAGUCGAUCCUGUCCCCCGACCCAGCCUUUGGCAGCAAGGCUGCCAGCUACUCCAGCACCACCAGCAGCAAGCCUUUUUGUUCCUGUGUGCCUUGUGAAAGGGCUGCUGGUGUCAGCUUUGUGACUUGUCCCACCUGCCAGGGCAGUGGGGAGAUCCCUCGAGAACUAGAGAAGCAGCUGGUGGCCCUCAUCCCCUAUGGGGACCAGAGGCUGAAGCCCAGGCACACGAAGCUCUUCGUGUUCCUGGCAGUGUUCAUCUGCCUGGUGACCUCCUCCCUCAUCGUCUUUUUCCUGUUUCCCCGGACUAUCGCCGUGCAGCCUGUAGGCCUCAACUCCUCCACGGUGACUGUUGACGAGGCCGAUAUCCACCUCAAUAUAACGAAUAUCUUGAGCAUCUCCAAUAACAACUACUACCCCGUCGCUGUGACCCAGCUGACCAUUGAGGUUCUGCACCUGUCCCUCGUGGUGGGGCAGGUCUCCAACCGCCUUCUCCUCCGCAUCGGCCCUCUGGCCAGUGAGCAGAUGUUGUAUACGGUGGCCAACAGGAUAUGGGACGAGAACAUAUACAAGAUCUGUACCUGGCUGAAAAUCAAAGUCCACCACGUGCUUCUGCACAUCCAGGGCACCCUGACCUGUUCCUACCUGAGCCAUUCAGAGCAGCUGGUCUUCCAGAGCUACGAAUAUGUGGACUGCCGGGGAAACACGUCCAAGCCCCACUUGCUGGUGCCUCGCCCGCCGUGACCUGUCUGCUGUCGUCGAGCUCCGGGCACCUGCCGGCCUGGUCUGUAUCUCCCACCACUCCGUGGCACCCAACAGGACGAGAGUGAC